AUAUCGGUAAGCAAACAACGCCCCAGUAUUCCUCUGGGUCACCCACUUGCUAUCCAAAUGAGUCAAUGACACAGGAGACCACUGAUGCGCAACCAUUUCCUGCUGCGGUUCAUCAGCCGUGUGCAGACACGUUUUCAACCUCCGAGGAAGAGGAGGAGAAGACAAUGGAGGUAAGGGAGGAAACUAGGGGUAACAUAGCUAAAUGAAUAAGGAUACUAGCUAGUUUGGCUUGUUUUCAUGAGACUGCGUUAGUCAGAUGAGCCAUGAGUCUUUGGAGAAUAACAAACGCUGUUUAUGUUAAUUACUUUGAUGGUGCAAGCAACUUCUCUCUCUUGCUACUCAGAGGUUCAUAAUAACAGCAGAGGUUUGGUGCAUAAAAACAAUGCAUUACUUUUUCUAUUGUGUACUCCAACUCAUACAGAAAAACGAUGGUGUGUUGACUGAAGAGGAAGUAUCCAGCUGUUUAUCCAACCUCUGCCACUGGACUAGAGCAUGUCUAUCAGUUCCUCUCUGCACCUGUAAGAACACACACACACACAACACACACACUUCAGGUUGAUAAUAUACUUUAAAAGAGUAACUGUUUACCAUCAGACUAAUCGCAGAAGAUUAUCUAACAAAUCUGUUUACUUUCCAUUUGUGUUGCAUUUAUUUCCUUGUUUUGUUUUUGUGUCAUGUGGAAUUCAAUUUCGGAAUAUGUCUGUUGCCAUCUCUCCCACUCUGCUCGCCCAACUCUCCUAAUGUUUGUUGACUGGUAGAUUUAUCCUGUGUAUAAGCCACAUGCCAUAUCUCAUCAUCCUGGAUGCCUCCCACAAUGAACUCACCGACUUUUUGGAUUCCAGCCGCCCAAGAACCUCAAGGUAGGACCUUCAGCAGACAGGAUAAGACAAUGGUUGAUUUGUGGCUUGGGGUUUAUGUAAGCCUAUAGUCCCAGAAGAUGGGCUCCAAUCAUCAUAGACCAUUUAUAGUGUUAUUCCAUAUGCUUACUAAGUAUUACCUACCCUUGAAUGACAAGGAACUUACCAGGUUUGACUUCUUCUUGUUGUUUAGCAAUUAUACAGUACUAGUAGAAUUUAUUAUACUAUGCAUACAUUUGGUCGUUUAUUUUCAUAUUUCUUCCUUGCAAAAAUCAUUUAAAGAUUGGUCCACUUGAAUAAUUAUUCAUGUUUGUCAACUUUUCCCAUAACCAGAUGUCAGUGAUGACACAUUUGUCAGCCUAUUCGUCUCUGAGUAAACUGAAUCUGGACUGUAUCCUUUAAAAAAGCAUUUACACACACACACAAACGUCAAGUUUUUAUCUAGACUACUUCCUCAUUGCAUACCAUUCUUAACGUGUACCCUCUCUGGACAGACAACUGUUUCAGUGAGAUUGGUGGUCUGCUGCAUUGUGCCAGCCUCACACACCUCAGCCUGGCACACAACAAAAUCUCCCGUAUCAGUGGCCUGGACAACCUGCCAAUCAAAGACCUCUGUCUGGUAGGUCUUAACUCCUCCACCUGCCUCUUGAAUGAUUUAAUUUCUAAAACUUUUCGUGUGUGCUAUAUAUGGAGAUAUCGCUUUACGUUAAUAAUUAUAUUGUUAGAAAGAUUCUUAGAGAUAAUAUUUGAGUUAUUAUGCUAAUUUGUGAAUAUGCCCAUCCUGUUGUAUAGACGCAGCUCUCCAAGCACAUCUGUACUGUGGUUAGUGGUUGGUCUUGUGGUUUAAUUAAUAUGGCCUACAGACUAGCACACACGUGUUUUCCUGUGAAUCAGUUGUUUUCUGUUUUCACCUUGAUGUAUCUCCUCGUCACCUGGUGUAUAAAUUCUUCCAUUAUGUCAUCACUUUUCAAAAAGGUUAUUCCCCCAGUAUGGUGCCAGUAAUGCGUGCACACAAUAUUUUAGCACUUCUUUCUCUUCAAACAUGAUAACAGCAGGUGGUGUAUUUUUAACUCUUUCCCCCCCGUCUCAUAUUUAAACCCCAGACAAAAUUGAGCUUCAGCUUUUCAAAGACACACCAACAUGAGCUCCAGUGUGAGAGCCACCAUAUGGCUGUACCAGCGGGCCUCCGGACCCUUCCCUCUCCCUCUCUGACAGAUGCUGGUGUCCUUUAUCAAAGUGAUUCCUCAUCGUCAGCACGAUGCAGCGUGUCCUCCCCUGUCCGGUUCCCCCCUCCCCUCUGGGGCCAGCUGCCAGCGGUGUCAGUGAGCCUGGACCCUGUUCAACCCCCCACCCUUUCUUCCUCCCUCACACCUCACCCCGUAGCAUCCCUGUCAACCAGGGAACCAGCCGCUGUCUCCAUCUCCCCUCUCCCUUCCCUCUCGGCCCUCUCCUGCCCAGCCACGCUCCCUAACAGUGUGCUACCUGUCAGCCAGCCGCCUCUCUCAGCCCAUCACACCCAGGCCUCGAGAGCUUCCAGGGCUCUGCGCGGUCACCGUCCCCCGCUGUCAGCAGCUCUCUGCCAGGCAGGCUAGCGGUGGAGGGCAGGGCAUGGGGGCACAGGGGCUGGAUCCUGGAUGACAGCCCACGCAGGGGGAAGGUGGGGUGAGGAUGGGUAGUUACAGAGGAGGAGGGAUGGUGGGUUAUAGAGGAGAGGAGGCCUGGUCUGUAGUGCUUUUGGCAUGCCCACACCAGUGUCUGGCCAGCUGUUCACCUGUCACUCCUCACCUGUCAGCCCGUACCGUUGGAGCUGGCCUGUCAAUCACACACGCCGUCUCAAGGAGAAGUUUUAAACUCCUUACAGAUGGGGAAGGGAACACUCUAUGGUAACUUUGAUAGUGAAGGUGUGGGGUGGGUAUGUGCGUGUGACGUGUGACGUGUGUAUGUGUCUGUGCGUGUGACUUGGGUGUGUGUAUGUGGGUGUGUGUAGGAGGAGGGGGAGUUGUGUGUGAGCUUGUGUACGUUUAUUGAUAUGUGUGUGUGUGUAUUUGUCCACACAGGGUACUCAUAUUCCCAGUGUUUGUCAUGUAUCACGUUCUCUCUAUCCAGAGGGGGAAUCAGAUUGAGAAGAUAGAGAAUGUGGAGACUCUGAGAACCCUGCAGGUCCUGGAUCUGUCUCUGAACCGCAUCACAAGUCUGUCAGGCCUGCAGAACCUCCAUCUGCUGGGCUCCAUCAACCUGGAGAGGGACCUGGUGAGCACAGUUCAUUUCUUACUUUAAAUUCCUUAAUGUCCUGCUCUCUUGUCAACCUGGAGAGGAACCUGGUGAGCACAGUUCAUUCCUUAAUGUCCUGCUCUCUUGUCAACCUGGAGAGGAACCUGGUGAGCACAGUUCAUUCCUUAAUGUCCUGCUCUCUUGUCAAUCUGGAGAGGAACCUGGUGAGCACAGUUCAUUCCUUAAUGUCCUGCUCUCUUGUCAACCUGGAGAGGAACCUGGUGAGCACAGUUCAUUCCUUAAUGUCCUGCUCUCUUGUCAACCUGGAGAGGAACCUGGUGAGCACAGUUCAUUCCUUAAUGUCCUGCUCUCUUGUUAUCUGAUGUUUUUUGUGUAUGAUAUACUGUUCUUAGAUCAGUGAAAUUAAGGAGGCCACACACAUCCAUGACCUGUGGCUGCUCCGGGAGCUGAAUCUGCAGAGAAACCCAGUCCAGGUAGCUGCACUGCACCUACACCCAGAACACAUCACUAAACUAACAAGUUAUCUCCCUAAUGCUGUCUGCGUGCUCUGUACUGACAAUAGACAUAUCCAUGAAAAUGCUGCCUCUUUCACUGUCGUUUCAACCCCAGGAGCAGCUGGACUAUAGACUGGCAGUGAUCUUCCUCCUUCAACACCUAACUGUCCUGGACCAGGAGAAAGUCACAGCAGAGGAGAAGGUAGGUGGAUGUAUGAGAUGCUGAUCAGUGAUUGAACUUAAGGAUACUAGCCAGCCCAGGUCCAAAAUCUGCUAUGUGAUGAUGGUAAAGACAACAUUUCACCUGCAUCUCGGGCUAGCUUGGCAAAUGUCCUACUAGAUUUCCAUCCAUGUGUGUAAUACUCCUGAGUGGCGCAGUGGUCUAAGGCACUGCAUCGCAGUGCUAACUGUGCCACUAGAGAUCCUGGUUCGAAUCCAGGCUCUGUCGCAGCCGGCCGCGAUCGGGAGACUCAUGGGCGGCGCACAAUUGGCCCAGCGUCGUCCAGGGUAGGAGAGGGAAUGGCCGGCAGGGAUGUAGCUCAGUUGAUAGAGCAUGGCGUUUGCAACGCCAGGGUUGUGGGUUCGUUUCCCACGGGGGGCCAGUAUAAAAAUAUAUAUAUAUAUGCAUUCACUAACUGUAAGUCGCUCUGGAUAAGAGCGUCUGCUAAAUGACUUAAAUGUAAAUGUAGUAUGUUGUUUAUUAAAAACAAUGGGCUAGGCAUCUGUUGGGAUCUGUAGAGGUUUUAAUGAUACAUACAGUACAUCUAGAUAGGACUGACUUGAAAUAAGAUAUUUAUCGCCAAUGUGACAUAUGAACGUCUACCUGCUGUGUUCCCCAGGUGUCGGCUGUGAACAAUGUGACAUAUGAACAUCUACCUGCUGUGUUCCCCAGGUGUCGGCUGUGAAACAAUGUGGCAUAUGAACAUCUUCCCCCCAUGUUCCGCAGGUGUCGACUGUGAACAUUGUGACAUAUGAACGUCACCUCCCCCCGUGUUCCCCAGGUGUCGACUGUGAACAUUGUGACAUAUGAACGUCACCCCCCCCCCCCCCCCGUGUUCCCCAGGUGUCGACUGUGAACAUUGUGACAUAUGAACGUCUCCCCCCCGUGUUCCCCAAGUGUCGGCUGUGAACAUUGUGAUAUACAGUGAGGGAAAAAAGUAUUUGAUCCCCUGCUGAUUUUGUACGUUUGCCCACUGACAAAGACAUGAUCAGUCUAGAAUUUUAAUGGUAGGUUUAUUUGAACAGUGAGAGACAGAAUAACAACAACAAAAUCCAGAAAAACGCAUGUCAAAAAUGUUAUACAUUGAUUUGCAUUUUAAUGAGGGAAAUUAGUAUUUGACCCCCUCUCAAUCAGAAAGAUUUCUGGCUCCCAGGUGUCUUUUAUACAGGUAACGAGCUGAGAUUAGGAGCACACUCUUAAAGGGAGUGCUUCUAAUCUCAGCUUGUUACCUGUAUAAAAGACACCUGUCCACAGAAGCAAUCAAUCAAUCAGAUUCCAAACUCUCCACCAUGGCCAAGACCAAAGAGCUCUCCAAGGAUGUCAGGGACAAGAUUGUAGACCUACACAAGGCUGGAAUGGGCUACAAGACCAUCGCCAAGCAGCUUGGUGAGAAGGUGACAACAGUUGGUGUGAUUAUUCGCAAUAUGGAAGAAACACAAAAGAACUGUCAAUCUCCCUCGGCCUGGGGCUCCAUGCAAGAUCUCACCUCGUGGAGUUGCAAUGAUCAUGAGAACGGUGAGGAAUCAGCCCAGAACUACACGGGAGGAUCUUGUCAAUGAUCUCAAGGCAGCUGGGACCAUAGUGACCACGAAAACAAUUGCUAACACACUACGCCGUCAAGGACUGAAAUCCUGCAGCGCCCGCAAGGUCCCCCUGCUCAAGAAAGCACAUAUACAGGGCCGUCUGAAGUUUGCCAAUGAACAUCUGAAUGAUUCCGAGGAGAACUGGGUGAAAGUGUUGUGGUCAGAUGAGACCAAAAUGGAGCUCUUUGGCAUCAACUCAACUCGCCGUGUUUGGAGGAGGAGGAAUGCUGCCUAUGACCCCAAGAACAUCAUCCCCACCGUCAAACAUGGAGGUGGAAACAUUAUGCUUUGGGGGUGUUUUUCUGCUAAGGGGACAGGACAACUUCACCGCAUCAAAGGGACGAUGGACGGGGCCAUGUACCGUCAAAUCUUGGGUGAGAACCUCCUUCCCUCAGCCAGGGCAUUGAAAAUGGGUCGUGGAUGGGUAUUCCAGCAUGAUAAUGACCCAAAACACACGGCCAAGGCAACAAAGGAGUGGCUCAAGAAGAAGCACAUUAAGGUCCUGGAGUAGCCAAUCUCCAGACCUUAAUCCCAUAGAAAAUAUGUGGAGGGAGCUGAAGGUUCGAGUUGCCAAACGUCAGGCUCGAAACCUUAAUGACUUGGAGAAGAUCUGCAAAGAGGAGUGGGACAAAAUCCCUCCUGAGAUGUGUGCAAACCUGGUGGCCAACUACAAGAAACGUCUGACCUCUGUGAUUGCCAAAAAGGGUUUUGCCACCAAGUACUAAGUCAUGUUUUGCAGAGGGGUCAAAUACUUAUUUCCCUCAUUAAAAUGCAAAUCAAUUUAUAACAUUUUUGACAUGCGUUUUUUCUGGAUUUUAUUGUUGUUAUUCUGUCUCUCACUGUUCAAAUAAACCUACCAUUAAAAUUAUAGACUGAUCAUGUCUUUGUCAGUGGGCAAACAUACAAAAUCAGCAGGGGAUCAAAUACUUUUUUCCCUCACUGUAUGAACGUUUACCCCCCCCCCCCCCCCGUGUUCCCCAGGUGUCGGCUGUGAACAUUGUGACAUAUGAACGUCCCCCCCGUCCCCGUCCCCUGUGUUCCCCAAGUGACGGCUGUGAACAUUGUGAUAUAUGAACGUCUCCCCCCGUGUUCCCCAGGUGUCGACUGUGAACAUUGUGACAUAUGAACGUCACCCCCCCUCGUGUUCCCCAGGUGUCGACUGUGAACAUUGUGACAAAUGAACGUCCCCCCUGUGUUCCCCAGGUGUCGGCCUUGAACAAGUACGACCCUCCUCUGGAGGUGGUGGCGGCCAGGGAGCACAUGAGCCACAUGGUAUACCAGCUGAUGCAGCCUCAGGUCAUCAAUGAUAGGUAAAAAUAGCAGGAUCCGUCAACUACCCUGACUGGACUACCCUCCUCAUAACAUGACUCUCAGCCAAUAAGAAGUCGAUACGAUGAAUAAUCUAAAUAAAGCUUACUUACUAAAUUAACUUGUGCUCGCAAUCUUUAAAAAUGAAGAACCCUAGCUUUUCUGACAUUUAUGCUCUAUUCAUACAUCAUAGAAACUGACCUAGAAAAAUCAGAUUUUUCUGAUUGGCUAGUUGUUCUGAACAAUGGUAAAGUACUUCCUAGACUUUUUAUCCUUGUGCUCUCCCUCUCUCUAAAUGGUACUAUAUCGUCCAUGUGUUGCUGUGUGUUCCCAGCACCCUACCCAGUCUGGACUCUCCCUACCCCAUGCUGCUGUUGACUUGGCCCCAGGCUUGUGGGAAGAGAGAGAGUUUAACGACUUCUUCGCCUACGGG